GGUUGUGUAGUCUUUAGCGGCCUAACUUAUUUUCCCUUUAGAUUUGCAAACUAGGGUACGUUUGAGCGUGCGAUCGACGAUUUACUGGAGUUCGUGUGAGUUCCGUGGCGUGUUGAGAUUGAUCGUCAGUGGGUAGUAUUAAUGGAGUCUUGGAGAUAUCGCGUGAGGAGGGGUUGGUGACAGGGAAUGGUUUGCGGAGAUUGUGGAGUUGGGCUACCGAUUCUUUGAGUCUUUCUCCAGCGGAGUUAGGUUGUGAAAGUAGUCGCUGGAGUCGUGUAUGGAGGCUCUCAAACCUUGUAGAACGAGUUGAUUUGUUUUGUUUGGGGUUGCAUUAAGACGCUCAGAGCACGAAUCUGUUGUGGGUUUGUAAGGAGAGGAGUAUUCUUUCUGCGGCUCGACGCGCAAUAGUAGUGCAAACAAAUCAUAUGUUUGUCGGUGAAUUUCCUGCAAGUUCUCGCUGGAUUGAAUCAGAGAAGACCGGCUGGGGUUGCCAUCGUUGUUAGUAAUUUUUUUGAAGGUCCUUGUGCACCUUCAGGGGAAUUCUCGGUGGUCUGAAGCAUGCUUGGGCAGAAUUAACUGAGAGCAAGUUAAGAUGACUUGAUUCGGACCUUUUGCAAGAUUCGGCUUUCAUUGUAUUGGACCAAGUAUAUAAAAGCAGCAUAUGAUUAUAAUGCACUUAAGAACUGAACGCAAAUUUUAGCGAUAUUUGAGAACUGAAACAUAAUCAUGAGCAUGGAAAAGUCACCGCCUCCACACAAUGGCAAUUACCCUUCAUAUUACGCUCCGCCGCGGAAGCAUGAGAAGAGUCAUUGGCCUAUCUUCACCCUCGUGGCUGUGGUGGCAAACAUCAUUGUCUUUAUUGUUGUUAUGUAUGAAAACAACUGCCCUGCAAAAAUUGGCCCUGGUCGGACGUGUGUCUUAGGAUCUUCAUUCAAAAGGAUGUCGUUCCAACCUUGGAGUGAGAACCCUCUACUGGGACCAUCUUCCGCUACGCUUGUGAAAAUGGGCGGCCUGAGGACGGUUCUGGUUGUAGAUCAAAAGGAAGGGUGGAGGCUAAUGUCCUGUGUAUGGCUUCAUGCGGGGGUCUUCCAUCUUCUCGUUAACAUGAUCGCCGUCUUAGUUCUCGGCUUGCCACUUGAGAAGACAUUUGGUUUCAUCAGAGUAGGUGUACUCUACCUUGCUUCUGGCCUUGGCGGCAGCCUACUCUCCUCUCUGUUCAAUCAAAAUGGCGUCUCUGUUGGCGCGUCGGGUGCGCUCUUCGGCCUCCUAGGUGGCACAAUUUCUGAUGUCAUCAUCAAUUGGUCUCUCUACUCAAAUUAUUGCGGUGUCCUCUUAAAUCUUAUCAUCUUGGCAGCCAUUAACCUCGCCAUUGGUCUUCUCCCUCUUGUCGACAAUUUCGCGCAUAUUGGAGGCUUUCUUACCGGAUUGCUGUUAGGGUGUGUUCUUCUGAUGAAGACACAGCAUGGCUAUGUUCCUCGUCGUGACCUUCUUGACCCCAAUAUGGAGCGACCAGUGAAGAAUCGGUUUAAUGCCUUUCAAAUCAUCCUCUUCAUCAUCUCCGCUCUCGUUUUAAUCGCUGGAUUUAUUGGUGGGUUCGUGGCUCUUUAUAACCGUGUGGACGCUCACAAGAAAUGCAGCUGGUGUCACUAUCUCAAUUGUGUUCCAUCCUCUCACUGGACUUGCGAUAGUUAAGCAGAUUAAAAUUGUGCUUCAAGCUGUGGUAGCUUUGGCCUCUUAGAAAUUUCCCAGUCACCGACGGGUGGGUGGCAGCUAGUGUGGAUGGUGUAGGUUAUGUUAUGCAACUUUGCAAGUUUGCUAGAAUAAUCGCAUUUAAGAACAACACGUGCGAAGGGGUUGUGGUUGGACUUUUGCGCGGCAAGCAAGGUAGUUCAGAUGAAGGGUUGAAGUUGUCCACCGCCAGAGUGAGAUGUAAUUGCAUUUUGAAGAACAGUAGGAAGAACGGAAAUGAAGCUCUACACAGAGCUGUACAUGAAUGGGAAUAGACACUACCUCCGCACAUCAGCUUAAAUUCCAUGCCAUCGAGAGGCAACACGGAUGGUGGGCAUCUCCGUCCUUAAUGCAUUUUUUCUUUGAUGUAAACAUCUGUACGUCGAGUAAUAUUAAUAACUGAAAAAACCUCGGUUGUCUUUUCAUAA